AUGGCUCAAACGAACAUAAACGGAUACCCUGUUAUUGUCAACUACAGCUUUAGAGACCAAGGCAAAGUUCGACGCAUCAUGGAAAUGAUGAAAAGCAUAUUGGGAAUGAGGAUUUUUGACCCUGACGAAGAUUUGGUACCUGGAGAGCCAAUAGUGAGAAAAAUUAUUGAAAAUGGACUCGACAAAACGAAGGCUUCGGUACUAUUUGUUAGCAAACACUUCCUCAGAAGUGGACCCUGUCAGUUUCUAUUAGAUAAUGCACUCUGGAAGUACAUGAUAACAAAGGGAAAAUAUCGAGUGAUUCCAAUCAUUCUCGACAAAUGUAAAGUUCCUCGGUGUAUGCGGGUCUUGAAUUGUAUUCAUUGUUGGAAAUAUCAGCAGAAAAUGCAAAAGUAUGACACAACGGUAUACGAAUGUCUGAUGCAGCUGAAAAAUAGAUUUGUGAAGGCACUGAAAGGUCCUCGCCUAACAUUCCGUAGAAUCCAACUGAGAGGUGUUAAAGUUUACAGCAAUGGAAAAAGAAUCCUUCGACGUCUUCGAAAUAUCAUGAAAAGGGAUCGUAUUCUUGGAGAAGAAAGAGAUUCUAACCCACUCCUUGGGUUUCUAAGACUUGUAAAUGUAAGCAAACAUUGUAUACUGACUUGCAAAUAUGGCGACUGUUCCUUUUCCUGCAGCGGAGAAAACUUUAGAAAGCUUGAAAAGCAUCUCCAAGAGUGUUGGUAUAUACCAAUUCAGUGUCCAAACAGACUGUGUCCCUUUACGUCCAGGAGAAAUAUCAUGAAGACGCAUUUGGAGGAAUGUAAAUUUUCCAUAGAAAAAUGUCCAAUAGAAAAUUGCAUCAUCCAGACGCAGCGGCAAAAAAUGGCCUCACAUGUACGUGCAUGUCCAAACAGGCUGGUUACUUGCAUCAACGAAUCCUGUGGAUGUACUACGGUUGUGCCUUUCAAAAACUUUAAGAAGCAUCUUUCAGUAUGUCCCUGGUCGCCUCAACUUUGUGAGACUUGUGGUGGGAUGUACUUGCGAAAAGACCAACAGAGACAUGAUUGUCCCUUAGCUGUCAAAGAGUGUCCACACUGUGAGAAAACAUUUGCAAGGAAGGAUUUGAUCAAACAUCUUCAAUUAUGUUUUUCUCAGUGCAAAAGUUGCAGUGAAUGCUUUAGUAAAUCUGAGUUCAGGCAUCACUUAUGUCCCAUAAGGAAAUGCGGAUACCAGUAUUGUGACUAUAAAGACACACGCUUAAGGGUGGAAGCACACAUGAUGAAUUGUCAGUAUAAGCCAGUUGAAUGUACUCGUUGUGGAAAGUUCUUUCCGUUGAAGUCUUUUAAAAUGCACCAGACAGAGUGUAGGAAAAUCAUUGACUGCAAGAGGUGUGGAAUCAAAAUUUACAGGUAA